AGAGCAGUCUUAAAAUUUGUCAAUGACAGACUUGUUGACAGAGAUGACGCCUCUUGGAGAGAUGAAGUCCAACAAAACUUCUUAGAAUGCAAAGAAGACACAUGCGCUGUUCUUGAAGAUGAAAUAGAAAACAGAAUAGAAGAGCUAUUAAAGGACAAAGAACUUUUACAAAAAUAUGGUUCUGAGAAGUUUGACAUAACUCCACCAGAAAAGAAGAAGAGAGAAAAGAAAGAAAAGAAAGUAGAAGAAGAGAAGAAAGAACCAGUUCCAGAGAAAAAGAAAUUUGACAUGUAA